UCAUGGGCCGGGCUUCAUCAUUUCAUUCUCUAUUCAGUUCUAAAAGAAAGAAAGUAUCGGCUAGCGAGUGUGGACAGUUCUUUCAGUUAAAGAUAUUUAGAUGGAGGUCUUUAGAGCCAAAUUUGAUUACGAGAAAGAGAGAGAGGACAUUUUGAGCUUCAAAGAGGGCGAGUUGUUCAGAAUAGCCUCCAAAGCAGACUCUAGAUGGUGGGCAGCAUAUGCUGUGAGCAGUGGAAACUAUGGCUAUGUACCCAGUCAGUAUUUGGAGGCGUUUGUUGAUCCAGUGGACGGAGAAUUAGCACAGAAACUUGCCGAGUCAUCAUUCGGAGAGAACAAGAAAGUGACACUUGACGAACUGAAACGAAAAGUUCCCAGAACACAAGCGUCGGCUAGCAACCAGACGGACGGCAGUGAAGAGGAGAGUGGUGGUGAGAGUGGGGCAGAGGUGGUGGUCAUUAAACCACUGACUGUGGUCUCACAAGUCCCUGAGGACUGUGUUCAGAUUGAAGGCAAGAGGUUACCUAAUCCCCACCAAGAGUCCAAGACACACGUCAGACUGCAUAAAGAACUGAAACUCAACAACGCAAAAGGGGGUGCUCAGAAUCUUGGUAAGCCAGAGCUGGAGAAGGUGAUGCAGCGACGUAGACUGGAUGCAGACGGACGACCUGGGGCUAUACGGAACGGUCGCACACCCUCACCCAACCCGACUGCCGGUGGGAGAGAAGACAAUGAAUUGGCAGCACAACUCAAGAGAAGGACACAGCUAUUGGAAGAUGCUGAUAAGCAGACGGUACAAGAACAGAAUAAACCGGAGUUUCUCAAAGUGGCAUUAAGAAAAACUCCUGUGGCUCAGAGUAGCUGAUGACAUAAUUUGAAUUGGUUUUUCAUCCCCACCUUAAUUUGUUUGUACAGGCAUAUCAUGUAAUUGUAUCCAGUGUUUCGUUUCGUAUAUCAAUG